AUGAAGUUGUCCUUCCUUACUGCCGGCCUUCUGGCCUGCUCUAUUACCGCUGUGGCAGCAUGGAGCAAAGAAGACCAAGAGAUCUUCCGUCUGCGCGACGAGGUUGAAGCCUCCGAAGGCCCGGGUGUCACUUUCUACGACGUACUAAGCAUCACCCCUUCCGCCAACCAAGACGACAUCAACAAGGCCUACCGCAAGAAAUCCCGUCUUCUGCAUCCCGACAAGGUCAAGCAAAAGUUUAUUGCAGACAAAUCCACCGGCAAGAAGUCAAAGAGCAGCAAGCCAGGUGUGCAUGUCUCCAAGGGCCCGUCCAAAGCCGAGAUCAAGGCUGCGACCAAAGCUGCCAGCGAUCGAUUCGCGCGCUUGGGUAUAGUGACCAACAUCCUGCGAGGACCUGGCAGGGAGCGCUACGACCACUUCUUACACAAUGGAUUCCCGACUUGGAAAGGCACUGGCUACUACUAUGCGCGAUUCAGACCUGGUCUUGGUGCGGUGCUGGCCGGCUUGUUUGUCUUCGUGGGUGGUGGAGGGCAUUGGCUUGCGCUGUACAUGAGCUGGAAGAGACAGCAAGAGUUCGUCGGGAGAUAUAUUAAGUUUGCCAGGCAUGCUGCUUGGGGCGACAAUUUGGGCAUUCCAGGUGUGGAUGGAGGCUCCGGAACCUCAACUCCUGCAGCAACUGGUGCCGAAGAGUCGGAUCCGAUGAUGCAGCCCAUGAACAGACGCCAACGCAGAAUGCAGGAGAAGGAUACCAGAAAGGAUAAAUCCGAGAAGAAGCCGAAGGGUAUCAGAGCUGCCAAAGCAUCACCUGCAGCAACUCCCCCCGUCGGUGCUACUGGGCCUAGGAAGCGAGUUGUCGCCGAGAAUGGGAAGAUUCUGGUCGUCGACUCGGUUGGUAAUGUUUAUCUUGAGCAGGUUGAUGAGGAUGGCGAGACCCAUGAAUUCUUACUAGACCCCAAUGAGCUUUCCCAACCAACCCUGAAGGACACCGCCCUUUGGCGUAUCCCUAUCUGGGCCUAUCACCGAGUUGCUGGCCGUUAUAUCCAUGAAUCCCCCAAUGACGACGAGCUUCUAUCUGAAGGAGAGCGGGAAGAUACACCUCCAUCCAGCAGCUCCAGCACCGGCGACUUUGAAGUCCUGGAGAAGGUCAAGACUACGGCGCAGAAUGGGACAGGCAAGAGGAGCAAGAAGAGUGGCCGUGGACGGUAG